CGUUUAAUUUAUUCGAUUAAAUCGUGGUCGCCAUGGUACACAGUAGAAACUAUCGCGGAAGUUUGAAGAAAAUAAUCAUGUAAAACUUAAUAAUCUCACGGAUUACUCCGCAAUUUUGAAGGAGAAUCACACAGUAAAGCCAAGACAACAUGGACAUACCAAAGGACUUGUCGGCAGAGAAUGUUACUUUCUCAAAGGAAAAGAACAUUCUGAAUGAUAUUGCUGCAGAAACAAAAGAUGCUCCUGGAUAUGGCUCUCUAUCGGAGGAUGAACUCAUGGAAAAGGUGGAGAACAUUCUGUUAGAGAAGAUAAAGGAAGGGGAAAAGCAGGCUUACUUUCAGCUGGGACUCUUUUACUAUGAACAGAGCAUAAUGGAUAAGGCACUGGUGUAUUUCGAGCGUUCCCGCGAGUUUGACUACCAAUCAUUGUACAUGUUGAGCAUUAUGCUUUAUGAUGGGAUCGGCUGUAAACCAGACACUGUUAGAAAAACAGAGGCCAGAAAGCGAAGGGCAGUAGAAUACAUCCGUAAGAUAGCGAACACCACCGAGAAGCGUGCCAAACAUCUGGUCUGUGCAGCCCAAUACAACUUGGGUAGAGCGUACUUCCAGGGGUACGGAGUCGACAGACAGUCGGACACUGAUGCUGAAAGGUACUGGUUACUCUCCGCCGAUGAUGGUAAUCCCAGAGCAAGUGUGAAGGCCCAGGCCACGCUCGGCAUGUUCUAUUCCCGCGAGGAGACGCGUAACCUCAAGCAGGCGUUUUUCUGGCACUCGGAGGCGUGCGGAAACGGCUCGCUGGAGUCACAAGGCGCCCUCGGCGUAAUGUACGAGUACGGUAUCGGGGUUCGACGGAACACGGACUCGGCCUAUGUGUGCAUGAAGGGCGCCGCCGACCGCGGCAACGUGUACGCUAUGGGCAACCUGGUGGCACACUACUACAGGCGAAAAUUAUACACCAAGGCUGCUGAUCUCGCUUCACGGGUUUCUCAACUGACGGACGUGGAUCUGAUAGCUCGGGAGACUGACUGUAUUCCCUCCUUCAUCAGGAAGGGUAUCGCCCUUGCCUCUUUCUACUAUGCCCGCUGUCUACACGAGGGUUUUGGCGCCAAGAAGGACGAGGGCGAGGCCAAACGAUAUUACUCCAGGAGCUAUCAAUUCGACCCUGAUACCUGUGCAGCCCUACAGACGAAAACGCAACAUGGUCUCAUGUAACCCAGCAGGACUAUUUACCAGAUGUUUACAUCAUGAACUCUUGUGCAUUAAAGCUGCCAAAUGUUUUACCAUUUUGAUUUUGUGAUGUGGAUUUAAAAACAAUUGUGUAUGAAGUUAUUCCUAACAAGUUUGUUUUGUUUUAUUUAACACAUAUAUCUUGAUAUCUAUUGUAUAUUUUAUGUAUGUAAGUGCGUUUUUGGUUUAAGUGGAAUGUGUAGAAACCGUCGUACAGCAGGUUGCGAAAGCAAUGUCAACUACUUAAUUAGAAAUUUGUUUAAGUUCCUGAAAAUUAUUUAUUGGUCAAAGUAAGUGUAGUGAUAACCUUUUCCUCCUAUAUUGAUUCAGAGUCUUACAGCCUGUAGCUUGUUAAAUAAUACGUUAGUAAACAAAGAAGAUGUAAUCCAAGAAUGAAAUAUGUUUAUGAUCAUUUCAGUGUUUUAAACAUAGCGAUUUGUCAUUGUGCUUAAGAUGUUAAAAACAUUGUACACAACUAUGAUGUUAAAUUUUGUAUAAGUUAUAUAAUGUUCGUCCUGUUCCUGUUUGAUCUGCUGAAAGUCAACGAACAAGACUGUGGCUACCAUCUUAAUGUACCACAGCCUUGCAGUCAUCCGUUGAACUGUGUAACUGUUGAUGUAUUGUGUAUCCGUCCAAAGUAGUUUGUUAUGUGUAGUCAUUUUUUACAUAUAUUUGUACUGGAAUUGUUUGGCUGGUCAAAUGCUGAGUGUGUGUAUGUGUCAUUACUUACCAUUGAUUUAAAAAUAGGCGCGGUCUACUUUGAUACAACUGCUGCUUUAAGCUGCCAAUACUAGUCGUAAAAAGUGCCUAGAAUAUGCGUAAAACAACCUCCCUGUUAGACCUCAAUUUUUAAGCAAGAACCUUCUAAGAACUGAUCCAUAAUUAAAAAAAAAUACAUUCUAGAAGAUAGAGAACUUGGGUGCAUAACACUACAUGCAACGUCCCGGUUUGAUUGAAGCGGUUCACUGACUGGAACGUUAGGUACAGCAUGGUCGCCGAACGCUAGCACCGGCUUGACCAAUAUUCUAAUAUCGCGAUGAAAUUAUAACAAUUUCCAAAAUUAUUUUUACACUGUAGACGAAGUAUGGGUUGUAUCUCUGUAGAACGUGCGUCGGGAACCCGCGGUUCUUGCCAUGAUUGUGUUCAACAAUUACUUCAUAGUUCACCAGUAUGCCUGCUAGGAUAAAAGUUUAGUUAAUAGUUCCCGUAUUGAUUCUAAGUGAAUAUAUAUUAUGUAUUAGUGUAACGAUAUGCUAUUUUGAGUAAUUUAUAUAGUCUGUUGUCAAAUUGUUUUUUUAUUGUUGAGUGCUCUCAUAAGCAUAGUGUCAAAAUUGUGUAACUAAACCAUGUGCCUGUUUGCAAUUGUUGAUUUUAAAACCCCACAAAAAACAUUGAAAAACAAUGUACAAGGUAUUGUUUUAGUUUCUAGUUGUUUCUGUACUAACUAUUUAUUUUAAUGUUAUGUUGUGUUAAAACAUAAAUUCGACUGUGAUAAUGGUAUUUUGUUUGGAACAUUUUUUACGUUUGAAAUACAAGCAUAUUAUUUACAAACAGCACGUUCCAGUAAUGAUAAAUUGUAACAUCAAUUUCAUAUUUUCCUUUGUUUACAUUGAAACAGAUAUUGACUAUCUGCUAUGUUGGUACGAAACAAUAAGAACAGUAAAAAAAAGUUAUUUCAAUUCUAUUUAUCUCUAUCUGAAUAAUUCGAAAUUAUCAUGUAAAACAUAAUUGGAUAAAGCAAUAAAUUAUCGAAACCGAA